AUGAGUUACCAAGAUGAGUUACCAUAUUACACAGCAAAAAGCAGUCCGGCCAUGGGCAUGUUCAGCACUGCCAUGGGCAAGCUGCAGCAACAGCUGUACAAGGGCGAGUACAACAUUUUCAAGUACGCCCCCAUGUUCGAGAGCGAUUUCAUACAGAUCAGCAAACGGGGCGAAGUGAUCGAUGUGCACAAUCGGGCGCGGAUGGUGACUGUGGGCAUCGUGCGCACCAGCCCCCACCUCACCGUCCCUGAUGUCAUGUUGCUGGCCCGACCUGCUGCCCUCUGCGACGACACUCACAGAUUCGGUCCUGGCACCCAGGAUGGUAGCAAGUCCGUCCAGCUCUUAGAGCUGACCCGGCUGUUCCCCUUGAAACUGGUCAAGAUCUCCAUCCAUAAUGGUUUGAAACAACAGCUCCGCCUGAAGCUGGCCACUGGCCGCUCUUUCUACCUUCAGCUGUGUCCCUCAUCCGAUACAAAAGACCUUUUCAUUCACUGGGAGAACCUUGUUUACAUCCUGAAGCCCCCGGUGGAGGCGUACAGCGGUACUCAGGCCCUCCUCGCGGGGGACAGAUUCUGCAUUCCCGGGUUUGAGGAAGAUAGCAACAACACACCGUCAAGGGCCUUUCACUUCUAUAGAAGGGAUCAAGAGCAAGUCAGCAUCAGAUGCCUUCACUUGAACACUGAAUUGUUUAAUUCUGCCUGUGAGAAAGAGGAAUGA